GGCGGCCGGAGCCCUGCUCCAGCGGCGCUUGACAACCGCAGUCUGCGGAGCCGAGCGGUCGGAGGCGGGAUAAGGGCGGACGCGAGGAGGGCCGGCUGACGAGCGGAUGGAUUGACGUGCGGGCUGCUGAGCCCAGACCGCCGCCCUCGCGCUCGCGCCUCAGCCGGGAAUUGGCUGCCUUGGGCUCCGGCCGCCGGCCUCUCCGCCGCGUUUCCCCCCCGCCGCCGCCGCCGCCGCCGCCGCUUCUGCCGGCUCCGCCCGGAGCCCUCAGGCUAGCAAUAUGACGGCGGAAGAAACAGUGAAUGUGAAGGAGGUUGAAAUCAUUAAGCUGAUUUUGGACUUUUUGAAUUCCAAGAAGCUUCACAUUAGUAUGCUGGCCCUUGAGAAGGAAAGUGGAGUCAUAAAUGGCCUGUUUUCAGAUGAUAUGCUUUUCCUGAGGCAGCUAAUUCUGGAUGGUCAGUGGGAUGAAGUUCUUCAAUUCAUUCAGCCUCUAGAAUGUAUGGAAAAAUUUGACAAAAAAAGGUUUCGUUAUAUUAUCCUGAAGCAGAAGUUUCUAGAAGCUUUGUGUGUUAACAAUGCAAUGUCUGCGGAAGAUGAGCCCCAGCAUUUGGAAUUUACCAUGCAAGAAGCUGUCCAGUGUCUACAUGCUCUAGAGGAGUACUGCCCUUCUAAAGAUGAUUACAGCAAGCUCUGUCUGCUCCUCACUUUGCCUCGUCUGACCAAUCAUGCUGAAUUUAAGGACUGGAAUCCCAGUACUGCACGAGUUCACUGCUUUGAAGAGGUCUGUGUCAUGGUUGCAGAGUUCAUCCCUGCCGACAGGAAGCUAAGUGAGGCUGGUUUUAAAGCAAGUAACAAUCGCUUAUUCCAGCUCGUAAUGAAGGGCUUACUUUAUGAAUGCUGUGUAGAGUUUUGUCAGAGUAAAGCAACUGGUGAAGAAAUCACAGAAAGUGAAGUACUUCUUGGCAUUGACCUCUUGUGUGGCAACGGUUGUGAUGAUUUAGAUCUGAGUUUAUUGUCUUGGCUUCAGAAUCUCCCUUCUUCAGUCUUUUCUUGUGCAUUUGAACAGAAAAUGCUUAAUAUUCAUGUUGACAAACUCCUGAAACCUACGAAAGCUGCCUAUGCUGAUCUCUUGACUCCUCUUAUAAGCAAACUUUCUCCCUACCCAUCAUCACCAAUGAGAAGACCUCAAUCAGCUGAUGCCUAUAUGACUCGCUCCCUGAAUCCUGCUUUAGAUGGCCUCACAUGUGGAUUAACCAGUCAUGAUAAGAGAAUCUCAGAUCUUGGGAACAAAACUUCUCCAAUGUCACACUCCUUUGCUAACUUCCAUUAUCCAGGAGUACAAAACCUUAGCAGAAGUCUCAUGCUGGAGAAUACAGAAUGUCACAGUAUCUAUGAAGAAUCUCCUGAACGAAGUGAUACACCGGUUGAGGCCCAGCAGCCUGUCAACAGUGAGCCCACGUGCCAGGGUUCUGGUUUUGAAAAAGAGCCUGCCAACGGAGCACAGAAUCCAGUACCGGCUAAACAAGAGAAAAACGAGCUUCGAGAUUCCACUGAACAGUUUCAAGAAUAUUAUAGGCAGAGAUUACGCUAUCAGCAGCAUUUAGAACAGAAGGAGCAACAACGGCAGAUAUACCAGCAGAUGUUACUGGAAGGAGGUGUGAACCAAGAGGACGGUCCUGAGCAGCAGCAGAAUCUCACCGAACAGUUCCUUAAUAGGUCUAUUCAAAAGCUUGGUGAACUAAACAUUGGAAUGGAUAGUCUUGGUAAUGAGGUGCCAGUGCUCAACCAGCAGUGCACUGGGAGCAAAACCAAUGGAUCAAGUAGUUCUUCUGUGACUAGUUUUAGUACACCACCCCAAGAUGCCAGCCAGAGGUUAAUACACGAUACUUCAAAUAUUCACACAAGCACUCCUCGUCAUCCGGGAUCAACAAAUCACAUCCCAUUUCUUGAAGAAUCACCUUGUGGAAGCCAGAACUCAUCAGAACAUUCUGUCAGUAAGCCAUCUCUUGGAGAUUCUUCAGGGAAUCUAUCAAGAUCAAAAGGGGAAGAGGAUGACAAGUCCAAAAAGCAGUUCAUUUGUAUUAAUACUCUAGAAGACACACAAGCCGUUAGAGCAGUGGCUUUUCAUCCAAGUGGUGGUUUAUAUGCAGUUGGUUCGAAUUCAAAAACUCUGAGAGUAUGUGCCUAUCCUGAAAAAAUUGAUCCAAGUGCACAUGACGUGCCUAAGCAGCCAGUGGUACGAUUUAAAAGAAACAAGCAUCAUAAAGGAUCCAUUUAUUGUGUGGCGUGGAGUCCUUGUGGACAGUUAUUAGCAACUGGAUCAAAUGACAAAUACGUGAAAGUGCUGCCCUUCAAUGCAGAGACGUGUAACGCAACAGGACCAGAUCUGGAAUUUAGCAUGCAUGAUGGGACAAUCCGAGAUUUGGCAUUUAUGGAAGGCCCGGAAAGUGGUGGAGCUAUUUUAAUAAGUGCUGGGGCAGGAGAUUGUAACAUUUACACAACAGACUGUCAAAGAGGACAGGGUCUUCAUGCUUUGAGUGGACACACUGGGCAUAUCUUAGCACUUUAUACCUGGAGUGGCUGGAUGAUUGCAUCUGGUUCCCAGGAUAAGACUGUUAGAUUCUGGGAUCUUCGAGUACCAAGCUGUGUUCGUGUGGUUGGCACAACAUUCCAUGGAACUGGCAGUGCCGUGGCCUCUGUGGCUGUGGAUCCCAGUGGCCGUCUCUUAGCCACAGGUCAAGAAGACUCCAGCUGCAUGCUGUAUGACAUAAGAGGAGGCAGAAUGGUUCAGAGUUACCACCCUCAUUCCAGUGAUGUGCGCUCUGUUCGCUUCUCUCCUGGAGCCCACUACUUACUAACGGGCUCUUACGAUAUGAAAAUCAAGGUGACAGACCUGCAAGGGGACCUCACCAAGCAGCUUCCUCUUAUGGUGGUAGGGGAGCACAAGGACAAAGUGAUCCAGUGCAGAUGGCACACCCAGGACCUUUCCUUCCUGUCGUCUUCUGCAGACAGAACUGUCACCCUCUGGACUUACAGUGGCUAGAGGCCACCUGUGUAGGUCCAUGCAGUCAGAGCACAGACUCGAAACUACUAACUUGUGAGGACUACAGGCCGGAGAACGCAGACUUGUCCAGAAAGACUGUAGCACAAGGAAGCCCCUUGCUACCGUGUCCUGGCCACAGAGGGUGUCGGGUGGUGGUUUCCAGUCUUCCAUGUGUGUUCAGGCUGCUGGGGAGUCUUCUUGCCAAAUCUGCAGAGCUCUUAGGUUGGUGUGCACGCCAAGUCAAGGUACAGGAUGUGUUUAUGGUUUAUUAUUAAAUGCACUCCUCGGGUUUUGCCCCAGAUAA